UCACGCACGGGCAUUCUUUACGUUACCCCAGAGACGGCCAGUCAAUGGAGUCAAACGGUCACGGCAAAAUAGGCCGUAGCAAAUGCAAACAGGAUUUUUAUUUUAAAAUGCUGCGUCGGUGGAAGAUAAAUGCCAGUUAGACUGCCAUGACCGCGAAGAAACAGUUUUAUGUUGACUGACUGGCUCGUUAGCAGCUGACGCGCCGUAUCAAUACAAAGGCCUAUGUCACCAGUUAGCGGCUGUUCCUCAGCUAGCUAGCUAACAAGUGAUUUAACGCCGAGCUCAUUUUAAUGUUUUAUCUGUAACGCAGUUGAACGUCUUUACUAAGAAGACACUAUUUAAGUGUUUUUUGGUUUUUGCCUCUCCAGAAAAAUGGCGGAACAGAAUGCAGUGGUCAUGCAGCAGAAUUUGGACAGGAGCUGCUGGGUGUGCUUCGCCACGGACGAGGACGACCGCACAGCAGAGUGGGUGCGUCCGUGUCGCUGCCGUGGCUCGACGAAGUGGGUUCACCAGGCCUGCCUACAGCGCUGGGUGGAUGAGAAGCAGCGAGGCAACAGCACAGCGCGUGUCGCCUGCCCACAAUGCAAUGCAGAGUACCUCAUUGUCUUUCCCAAACUGGGUCCUGUAGUUUAUGUGCUGGAUCUGGCUGACCGGCUCAUCUCCAAGGCCGGCCCCUUUGCUGCAGCCGGCAUCAUGGUGGGCUCCAUCUACUGGACAGCUGUCACCUACGGUGCCGUCACUGUCAUGCAGGUGGUGGGCCAUAAGGAGGGCCUGGAUGUGAUGGAGCGGGCCGACCCUCUAUUCCUCCUCAUCGGGCUGCCCACUAUCCCUGUCAUGCUUAUCCUCGGCAAGAUGAUCCGCUGGGAGGACUACGUCCUGCGUCUGUGGAGGAAGUAUUCCAACAAACUGCAGAUUCUCAACAGCAUCUUCCCAGGGAUUGGCUGUCCAGUUCCUCGGAUCCCGGCGGAGGCCAGCCCCCUGGCGGAUCACGUGUCGGCCACACGGAUCCUGUGUGGCGCUCUAGUCUUCCCCACCAUCGCCACCAUCGUGGGGAAGCUCAUGUUCAGCAGCGUCAACUCCAACCUACAGAGGACCAUCCUGGGAGGUAUCGCCUUUGUGGCCAUCAAGGGGGCGUUUAAGGUGUACUUCAAACAGCAGCAGUACCUGAGGCAAGCCCACCGCAAGAUCCUCAAUUUCCCCGAGCAGGAGGAGGCCUGAGGAGGGAGGACGGACGAAGAGCACACCUUCUGCUGGAGGCAAGGAGGGAGGAGAGGAGGGGUUGAACUGUCAGUGAGCAGGACAUGCUGGUGAAACGGACUUGAUCACCCUCAUUUACCUACUCCUCUCCCACCUCACCCCUUCUCACCCACUCCGGGGUGAUCCAUCGCACCGCCGCCAACCUCCACGCAAGGAUCCCCACCACACGCUGUUUUUGUAAACUUGUGACGCUUUUUGUAAGGUGAAGACGGGCAAGACUUGCGGACCGGAGCAUGUUUGCAGUUAGCGUGCAGUACCACACAUCAACACAUCCAUUCCCAAGAACUUGUGACGAGUGACUGGGCGGAUGUGCUUCAACAACCACGUGACAAAUACUUACUGUAUUUUAGAGAUGAACGCGGGGCAUGUGUAAUUAGAACGUUUUAUAAUGAUGAUAAUGAUAAUAAACGAUUGUUUUAUAAUAGUUUUGCAGGUUUGAAACGUCCCGUAUGAUGAUGAUGUUGGGGAUUUAUAUUGAUUGAGGUUUUCUGUUCAGUGUAUGGAAUGUAUUAAACAAUAAAAUGUAACAUCUGUGAAUAUUAACGCAAACUAGGAAGCAUUUAGAGGAAAUCUGUUGUGACUGUGACACUAAAGCUAACCACAUAGAAAUGAGCACACCGACCACCGAUAAGUGACGUCUUUUUUUUUUUUUUUUGCUCACAUGCCUCAGCAGUGUUCAGGAUUUUCUUUAUGUCCACUUUACAAAAUGCUCUUGGGUGUUUUGAAGCCUCGUCGGCCACCACAGCGCACCAGGUUUGGUCGAGCCUGUUGCCAUGACACCGCGUAGAGGAGACGGAUGUUUCAGGAUGUUGGACAGUUUUCCCGUGACAUUCAUUGCCGCAAUGAAACCUUUGGACUUUUAAUGUCGGAUUUAUUUUACAUCCAGUUUCACCAUUUUUUUCCCCCCUCGACCAGAUGAUGAUGGACUUUUGUGUUGUGUGUGUGUGUGAACCACAGCUUCAGUUCUGUACUAAUUAUCAUCCAGGCGUUGGCAAUUUAAAAUGAGUCAUGGGAGCAGCUGAGACUUUUGACUGGACUCUGUGUGGAAAUUAAAGGAUCAGUUCACACAA